CCGGCGGAGCCCGCUGCACCGUGGCAGGAGGGCGCCUGGGGGACCAGGCGGGUCUGGCGGCGGGCUCGGCCGUGCCCCGUGCGCCGGCUCCCGGCCGGGCGGGGACGCUGUGCCCGCUGCUGCCGGCCCGGCCCGGCCCGGCCCGCGGGGGCUCCGCGGCUGCUGCGGCUCGCAGAGCGGGCUCAGCGCCGCCGGGCUUGCUGCGAGUGCCGCGGGGAAAUCCGCGCUGGAGCUUCGGGCUCCUUCUCCUGGGAAGCUGGCGGGCCGUACUGUGUCCUUUCCGCCUUGCACGCCCGGCCCCCAGCGGAGUAGUAGGGCAGGGAGCUGAGAACGCGGAACACUUACUGUGUGUAAGCCAGUCCUGAGGGAUUUUAAAGAGCCUCGCUCCUCAUCUUCUGAUUUGGCGAAGAGUAGUGCUUGUGUUUUGCUUUGUACCGAGCAAAGACCCAGGCAGAAGAAUCUCGGGUGGCUCAAAAGAUGUGUUCUAGAAACAUGGCUGGCCAACACAUCCUUCCUCAAGCUUUGUAUCAGAGCAAUAUGCUGAAGGCUAUGAAGAUCAGAGAGAGGACACCUGAGGAUCUAGUCAAACCUCCCAGUGGAAUAAUUCAUCACUUCAGGACUAUGCACAGAUACACCAUAGAAAUGUUCAGAAUGUGCCAGUUUUGUCCCCAGUUUCGGGAAAUGCUUCAGAAGUCCCUGACUGACCAGGCUACCCAGACUUCACUGGAGCGCCACAGGAAGCUCAACUGGUGCAGGGAAGUUCGGAGACUUGUUCCUUUGAAGACUAAUGGUGAUGGAAAUUGCCUUAUGCAUGCUGCAUCGCAGUACAUGUGGGGUAUUGAAGAUAUCGACCUUGUCUUAAGAAAAACGUUGUUUAGUGCUCUCAGGGAGAUUGACACACGGAACUUCAAGCUCCGCUGGCAGCGGGAGGCUAUUAAAUCCCAGGAGUUUGUAGAAACAGGACUCCAUUAUGACACCCGGAACUGGGAGGAGGAGUGGGAAUACCUCAUUGAAAUGACCUCCCCAGAAAUCUCUGGGGCUCGAAAUAGACUUCCCUAUAAUGCGCUGGAAGAAAUCCACAUCUUCAUCCUUGCUAACAUCCUCCGAAGGCCAGUUAUUGUCCUUGCAGAUAAAGUGGUUAGAAGCUUAGAGUCAGGCUCCAGUUUUGCUCCUCUGAAUGUUGGUGGUGUUUACUUGCCUCUCCUGUGGCCAGCUGAAGAAUGCUACAGAUACCCAAUUGUGCUUGGCUAUGACAACAUGCAUUUUACACCACUGGUGACUCUGAAGGACAGCGGGCCAGAAAUCCGGGCUGUCCCUCUGGUCACCAGGGAGCAAGGCAGAUUUGAGGAUUUGAAUGUGCACUUUCUGACAGAUGCAGAAGAGAGGGAGAAAGAGCAGCUGCUAAAAGACUACUUGAUAUUGAUUGAAAUUCCAGUGCAAGGCUGGGAUCAUGGUACAACUCAUUUAAUUAAUGCUGCAAAGUUAGAUGAAGGCAACCUACCCAAAGAAAUAAACCUCGUGGAAGAUUACUUUCAACUGGUACAGCAUGAGUACAAGAAGUGGCAGGAAAAUGCUGAACCUGCUAGAAGAGAGACAUGUUCCAGGAACAGACAGGAUCUGUCACUUUCCCAGCUCUCCCUCUUACAGAUGAAAUGUGAAACGCCAAAUUGCCCUUUCUACAUGUCUGUGAACACCCAGCCCUACUGCCACGAAUGCUUUGAGCAGAGGUCCCAAGGAAACAAAGGAAGAAAGCAGACCUCCAAAGCAGCACCUGAGAAGCUGAAGGCAGCUGGGUCAGGCUCCUCCCGUGGGGAUAUUUGUGAACCUGGGGGAUGGACAUCUGAAGGGCCUGUAACAGAGCCUCGCUCUGCGCCUCCGACCGCUCCAAGCCUUUUCCUGUACAGUGAAACCACAGCCAUGAAGUGCAGGACCCCAGACUGUCCCUUCACAUUGAAUGUGCAACACAAUGGGUUGUGUGAACGCUGCUACAACUCCAGACAGCUCAGUCCCUGCAACAACUUGGAUGACCAGAGACACUUAGACUACGCCACAUGCAAAAUGUGCCGCCAAAAGGCCAAGAGGACCUUCAAUGGUAUAUGCAGCACUUGCUUCAAAAGGUCUACAGAGCAGCCCCCAAAUGGCAGUCCUGCUUUCCUGCCCACCUGCCACCAGAGAUCAACAUCUGACCCGUCCCAGAUCUCACAGAUCCUCCACCAGCACUCCUGCCAUCAGGCUCCCAACAGCCAUGGCAAGGAGCCCCCGCCACCAGCACUGCCUCCUGAGGAGAACAGGGGAGGCAACCUCUGUAGAAAACCUGGUUGCAAGUUUUUUGGGACAUCACAAAAUGAGGGCUUUUGCACACUGUGUUUCUUUGAGUACAGGGAAAACCAUGACAGUGUUUUGCUACGCCACCAAAGGAGAUCUCAGAGGAAGUCUUCAGCAGCGGCUCAGACGGGGAGCUCGGCUGCCGGCUUCCGUAACACGGUGUCCUGCCAGCGGCGCGACUGCGGCACCCUGGGCAGCACCAUGCUCGAGGGGUACUGCCAGAACUGCUUCAUUAUAGCCCAGAACCAGCGAUUCCAAGAAGCCAGGAGGACAGAAGAACAGCUGGUGAGGCAGCCAGAAAGAACAGGGCAGCACAGAGGAGAUGCGCAGCGAGCAGCAUUGAGUGCCCAGAAGAGACAGUGUGCUGUGGCUUCGUGUAGAAACAACCUGGCCUGCAGGAGUGAUGACCUGUGCCCCGAGUGCCGGCGCCUUGGUCAGCUGCCACCGUCAGGGAGUGCCAGGGAGCCGGUGGCACAGGAGCCUCCCAAGCAACGCUGCCGAGCCCCUGCCUGCGACCACUAUGGCAAUGCCAAGUGCAAUGGCUACUGCAAUGAAUGCUACCAGUUCAAACAGAUCUAUGGCUAGUGGGGAUCAAGAAAGCAGUAUCAACUACUUCCUUCCCUGAAACGGUGCUAUGUCCAGAACACUUAACAGUCCUGGGAGUGGGAGGGUGGGGGGAAACAUAAGCUGUCUGCUCAGAUCAUGUUUAUUCCCAAGAAUGGGAAUAAAUUUCUACUUCCUCUAAACACUGCAUACAAGGACUGCUGAGAAGGUCACAUUGCCUUCUGCACAGAGCUCUCAUUCAUGACUAAGCUCCUACAAUGCCAUAUUUAAUUCUUGGACUUCCCAGGAGGAAGUGUGAAGCAUUUGAAUCCAAAGAACUUCCCAGUUCUGUCUGUUUCUUAAUACCUCCCCUCUCCCAGGCAAGGAGCCAUGUAUACUGUUGGAGAUGCAGGACCUUUUUAUGGUUGCAUACGUCAGUCAGAGGCAAGUCCUUCCUGAAUGGAACUACCCAGGACAGACUGAUGCUACUUCCAGUUGACAUCUGAAGAAUCGUGGUUUGGUUUGCCUGUGUCCUUGCAGUUCUUAGAGAACUCACCAGGGCAGGAACUCCCACAGGCAUUUAGGGUGAUAACAGUAAGCACUUCUGUGCUUGCAGAGCCCUCAGCAAACCACAGCCAGAAACAAGACCAGCACUGGUCUGCUCCUUUAACAUGCUUAUCCUAACCAGCAUUUAGAUACUUUCCCAAAUCCCAAGACAGCUGGAAAGACAGAAGUUGCAGAAGAAAUGCAUGUGAUGGUGAAAAUGUAUCCUGCCAUUUCCCCACUUGUGUGGAAGGAAUUACCUCCAAAUGACAAGAAAAACCCCGAAGCCCUUUGUCUUCACUUCUGAAACGAGAUGGACUCUUGUCUCUCUUGCACUGCAAAUGUCAGGAGUGUGUGUGUGCUGUUCCUACCCUCCCUCCCCCUUUCUGUCACACUUUCUGUCAUCCUUAAUGUCAUUCUGUUACCACACAAACAGCUGGGAGCUCAGUAACAAGAGUUCUUCAGGGCUGAGAUUUUACUCCUGAAGUUUAUGCAUCCACUUCUCAAUCUGCAGUAAUUUCUUUAGCAACCUCAGCUUUACCGCUGUGCCUAUUACCUGCUUCUCUCUUCUCCUUUUACACCUUUUAAGUUUUCAGCAUCUGUUUUGCUGCUAUGAUUUUGGAGGUGAGAUCUCUUCUAACUUGCUUCUCAAGUUUAGAAUCUUUUUCUAGUUACUAAAAAAAACCGGUUUCUAAAAAGAAAAAAAAUUAAAUAACUCAUCACUUAUUUCUGUUAAAUUUUAUAUAUUUUGCAAACCUUAAUGUGAACUUAUGUUUUAUUAAAAUAUUUAUAUUAUUUGAAACAAUGCAAUUUGAAAUUUGCACAGCUAGGAUUUUUUUUUUACAUAUAUUUACUCUAGUGUUGAAAGUUACAAACUUAAAUGUAUGAUUGAAAAACUUUCUCUGCUAUAAAGAAAUAAAUUAUUGAAGGAUUGAAUUUGUUAUUUUUCUCUCUGUGCGAGAGAGCACAGUUGAGGGUGGGACACCCCCAGAAGGAAGCCUUUUUGUUCAGCACUACCAUUCAGCAUGUUACUGCUCCUUGGUGCAGAUGAU